AUGGCUCCGACGGCCGGUACCCGUCUUCGUUAUAAAAAUGCACGCUCUAAGAAGCCCCAGCAGGCCAAAAAACUUCCGUCGCUCAAGAAUCGCAUUCGAGGCAUAGAGCGCUUUCUAAGUCGUGGGGGCCUUAAUGAUGCAACUAGGAGAGAGAAGAAGGCUGAGCUGGAACAGCUUCGUGAAGAGCAAGCGAUUAAAGAUAAACUUGCUGUGGAAAAGAAAAAUGCUGAAAAAUAUAAAAAAUCACGUUUCUUUGAGCGCGUGAAGGUCAUGCGCAAGUUGCGACAGGCGAAACAUGGCAUUGAGCAGGCAAGUGAUGACGCCGAACGUGUCGAGUACGAAAAGAAAUUUAAGGCGUAUCAAGAAGAGAUGAUGUAUAUCUACUACUAUCCGAAAUCUGAGCCAUAUCUGUCAUUGUUCCCGUCUGCGCCUCACUCAAUGGCGAACCAAAACCGUCAGAACGAACUUCGCGCCGAGGCCGUUUCUCGUUUUGCUAGAGAACAGCCGGUUGACGCGUUCAACCAAUUUUGUUUAAAUGGUGGUAAAUCCAAGGAAUUACGCUCUUCGUCCGGAACGAGGUCGGCUAUUGAGCUGCUGCUAAAAAAACCUACAAAAGAGCAGGUAAAGAAGCAGAAAAAAAUGCGCAAUAAACGUGACAAGUUGGGAGACAAAUCGAAACAUACACCAGUGCUAGUUGACCAAGAUGAUGACGACGAUGUGCUCAAUUUAUCAGAGACGAGUGAUACAAAAGUUGUGGUCCAGGAAGAAGACGAUUUUUUCUUAUAA